UUGGGGGGGCCCUCCUGGUCCGCUGGCGGCGGGCAACAAACUUCAUGGUCCCUCUGUCCGGCAGACCUCUCUCCUUCUCAAUGCCAAUAUGGCUGCGCCUAAGCGAGCCCCUGCAGCGUCCCCUGGGCAGGUGCAGCAAGGCUCUUUGCAGAGGAGGGGAAAGGGAAGUGCCAGAAUGCGGCCUGCCCGGCCUGCAGUGGCGAGCCCUGGGUCAGACCACCUGUCCCCAGGGCGGCCGAGCAAGAGAGCUAAGGGAGGAAAAGGGGGUGCUAGGGGUAAAGGGAAGUCUGCUGCCGUUCCUUUUACUGCGGCUCUUGAUCUCGUGCCUCCUGCAUCUGAUCGGACUCCAUUGCAGAUAAUGAAAAGUAUGUUGGUGCAUCUACAUCCGAAGAAAUUAGGCGACGAGUCGAUCAGCCUUCCCAUGUCUUGUAUGGCGAGGCCACCGGUUGACACUCCAGAUGGCAGACGCUCCAGGGAGAUAAGAGAGCCCGGAGAGUACCAAGUCAGGGUCCUCAUGACCUCUAUGGGGAGGGCGCCUUGUGGGGACCAUCUCCCAUUCGUUGGUAUGAUUGACCCUUCUCAGUGCACAUUUGUGGAUCAGGUUGACAAGCAGAAACUCAGAGACGGGGGUUAUACUGUGUGGAUCCUUGGUGGUGGCCAUUAUGGAGAAGCCCGCAGUAGGCUGAUGCUCAAACACCCCACCGUGGAUUUCUACAAGAGAUACACAUGCUAUGUGUAUGUCGGCCUCACUGUGGAAGAGGCGAUUCUCGUCGGGCACGAGCACAACCGUGCUGCAGGGUUUCACAAGCAGCUCACAUUUGUAUCGAACUGGGAUCCACAACUCCAAAUCUGCAUGCGGGGCGCUGAGGUCUGGGCUUUGAUGUUUGACAUUUUUUACCUUUGGGAGGAGGGAAAGAUAAAGGAUGUGAAGAUGAAGAGGGGGGUGGGAGAAAAGUCCAUUCAUGCAACAAACUUGUCGGUAGGCCAUGAAAAAAAAGGGGGAAGGCCGAAGAGGAAACAGAUUGAUAUGUGUGAGCAGAGGUUGUCGUUGAUGGCCCUCAAUCCGGGGAUGUACGUAACUGAGAAGAACGAAGUCGUCAACGAGCCAGCGGAUAUGCCAUAUAAGCCCUGGCUUAUGAUGGCUGCACUUGACGACGCCGUCUUCAUCCCUGUCCUCACUGAGGUUAAGAGUGGGAUUAUGUCCCUUUAUGAGAUGGCGGAGAAGUUCAAGAUCUUCAAAACUCGUCAAAGGACAGCAGUCGCUUUUAUGAAGGAGGUGGGGGUAGAAAGCUGGGAGAAAGCCAAAGAGGAGUUCCCAGUUCACACACAAGAGGCGAUGCUAUCCCAAUACUAUGGCCUGUUUGACAAGAAUAUCAAAGGGACCCCACGUCCUAUGCAGCUGUAUGCGGCCAAGGCCCUUAACUACAGGGAUAAAAUUUCCCAGCACGAGCAACACGCACUGAGUGACAAAUUGGGGGAUAGGCUGCCGUUCACUCUAUGCAUCUUCGACUUCCCUUAUGGAUAUGAUGCCAAUGGCUCUGCUCACGAUGCGGAGCCCUUCACGAAGCCUCAGAUUGAGGCGUCCGUGGAGAACUUAAAGAAGAUCACCUGUUCUCCUUUCUGGGUGCUUGCACGCUUCUGCUCUAUUGACAUGCUCAGCGACGUCACAUCUGUGUUUUCUGCCGCAUGCAAUGCUGGGGUGGACGUGGGUGUUUGGGUUGCUCCCAAUGUUGCUUCUCCUGGUGGGCUCAAGUUCACUAACUGUUGGCAGCACUGUGUUCUUGGCUUUCACAAUGACAGCGGAACUAGGGAACCCCUGCAGUUUCAAUUCAAUAAUGCUGACUCAAGGUUGAAUUGCUGGAGUCACAAUGCAGUGACAAAGAAGUAUGUCUUUGCUGCAGACAACGAGAUCCUUUGUCCGUACCAGAAACCUGUCACGCUAUAUGAGUGGCUCAUCACCAAGUUCUCUGACCCGAAUGACUCGUAUAUUGUAGAUGCAUUCUCUGGGUCAGGGACUGGGGUUGUUGCAGGGCUUCUCUGCAAAAGGAAUGUCUUGGCUGUGGAGGUUGAUCUGCAUUGUGUGAGGGGGAUCAGGGUCAGGCUAGCAGGGAGGGACUUCCAGGAGAGUGCAAAGCAAGAAAAGGAGAGCACCGGCCGGACAGUCGCAGAAGGCUGGAGACAUGCUUAGUCUUUUUGCCCAGUCUGGUUUUCAUUUCUAUGCUCGUCUUCAGAUGUUCCAGUGCAUUUCACGCUCAC